AUGGUGACCCGUGAGUCGAGAGUGCCCGACUGCAGUGGGUACCGCAACGACCGUGACAAUGGGCUCGCUGGCGACGCUACCGCAAAUGCCAAUGCCAAGCUGGUACACAAGCCAGAAACUGCCCCAAAAGGGUUACGCCGUUACGGUGACGGUAUCGGUGCUGAGGUGGCUGAGUCGGUCAAGACCAUCUUCAAGGCCGACAACGUUCCCAUUGAGUGGGAGCAGGUCGACGUGAGCGGUGUCGACACUGGCAACAAGCACUCCGAGGAGCUCUUCCGCGAGUCCCUGGCCUCCCUCAAGCGCAACAAGCUCGGUCUCAAGGGUAUCCUCCACACCCCCAUUGAGCGCUCCGGCCACCAGUCGUUCAACGUCGCUCUCCGUCAGGAGCUCGACAUCUACGCCUCCAUCUCUCUGAUCAAGAACAUCCCCGGCUACGAGACCCGCCACAAGAAUGUCGAUCUCUGCAUCAUCCGUGAGAACACCGAGGGUGAGUACUCCGGUCUCGAGCACCAGUCCGUCCAGGGUGUCGUCGAGUCUCUCAAGAUCAUCACCCGCGCCAAGUCCGAGCGUAUCGCCAAGUUCGCCUUCAGCUUCGCUCUCGCCAACAACCGCAAGAAGAUCACCUGUAUCCACAAGGCCAACAUCAUGAAGCUUGCCGACGGUCUCUUCCGCAGCACCUUCCACAAGGUCGCUGAGGACUACCCUACCCUCGAGGUCAAUGACAUGAUUGUCGACAACGCCUCCAUGCAGGCUGUUUCCCGCCCCCAGCAGUUCGACGUCAUGGUCAUGCCCAACUUGUACGGUGGUAUCCUCUCCAACAUUGCCGCUGCUCUCGUCGGUGGCCCCGGUGUCGUUCCCGGCUGCAACAUGGGUCGUGACGUCGCCGUCUUCGAGCCCGGCUGCCGUCACGUCGGUCUCGACAUCAAGGGCAAGGACCAGGCCAACCCCAGCGCCCUGAUCCUGUCCGGCUCCAUGCUGCUGCGCCACCUCGGUCUCGAUGACCACGCCAACCGCAUUUCCAAGGCUGUCUACGAUGUUAUUGGCGAGGGUAAGACUCGCACUCGCGACAUGGGUGGUCAGGCUACCACCCACGAGUUCACUCGUGCUGUCCUGGACAAGAUGGAGUCUUCUCUGUAA